AGUUCCUCUUGUUACUCUCUUCUCUGUCCCCAUGAACCUUAUAUUAUUCGAAGAAGCUGAGCUUGAAUACCCUUCUACGACCUCAACCGAUGCUGAGUGUGAUGAGAAGAAGAACUCUGUCGCCUACGUCAGACUGCCGUCGUCGGAUGCACGAGCCAAACACGUUCAGAAGGUCCUCAAGAGCGAACCGGGCGAUUGGAUCAGGGCUGGAGUCAUCGAUGGGCCCUUGUGUUCGGUAAUGGUCGAGGAAAGCAGUGUAGAAUUGGGUGUUAGAUUUAAAGUGGAUUUCGCUGCGCCUAUCCAAGGGGCUGGCGCGGAAGCGGGAGCCAUGGCCGACCCUGGAGUGGACCUGAUCCUUUGUGCUCCUCGACCUAAGGUCAUGGCCCGAUUGUGGCCUACUAUAGCGCAACUUGGCGUAAAGCGAAUCUGCAUUAUCACUGCGGAGAGAGUCGAAAAAGCGUUUUGGGCAACACAUGUUCUUCGACCGGAGUUCUAUCGGCCGUUAUUACUCAAGGGCCUCGAGCAAGCCAGUGUUGAUACGACGCUUACGAAAGUUUCCGUGCACCCGAAGUCUUUCGAACGCUUCCUUAAUGGGGAGCUGGAGCGGUCUUUCCCUGAGGAGAAAUACUGCCGACUCGUGUGUCACCCCUACGACGGUUGUAGUCAACUCCACGAAGCAGUAGUGAAGUGUUUGGGAAACGGGUCGGCGAAACGGGUGGUAUUGGCGUUGGGCCCUGAGGGCGGUUGGCUCGACUAUGAGAUCGAGAUGAUGCGGGAAAAGGGGUUCGAGUGCGUCACUACGAUGCCCAGGAUCUUCAGCACGGACGUGGCCCUUACCUCACUAGUGUCUGUAGCUGCUGAUGCUCGCAGAUUCGCCAUAGAGAAGACUAGUGAAUAAUCUGUACUUUA